AUGACUGUGAAUGUGUUAGAGGCCACUUUUCUGGCUCUGGUGUCCAGUCAUUUCAUGAGGGCUGCCUAUGUACUUCACCGGGCCUCGUUUGACCACUUCAUUUCUCUAAAUGAUGUGUCUAAAGACGCCUGCGUCUCUCCCACCUCGACCUACUGUCAGCAGUUACCGACCUUACGGUACCGGGGUCCCCGGGAUCUUUCUCUACCCACCGAUCGGGGCUUCCCGGAUGCGCCGCUCGCGGGGUCCCUGCGGAGACACCUUCGCCUCGCGUCCCCCGCGGACCCCGCGUCCCCCGCAGACCCCACGGACCCUGUGUCCCGCGCGGAUCCUGUGUCCGGCGCGGAGCCUGUGUCCCCCGUGGACCCUGCAGACCCCACCGACCCUGUGUCCCCCGUGGACCCCGCAGACCCCACCGACCCUGUGUCCCCCGUGAACCCCGCGUCCCCUGCAGACCCCACCGACCCUGUGUCCCCCGUGGACCUGCGAGCUGGGGGCGGGGUGGCGGAGGGCAGGCGCCCCGGGCCGCUGGCGAGCUGGCUCCGGGAACCCACGCUGCACCCCGGGGCGCCGAGCGCGGCCAGCUCCGCUUCCCCAGGGAAGGGCUCGGCUCAGGCCGGUGCUUUCAGCCCAGACAGGCCCGGGCCGAGCCGGCCCCGCUCGCCCGCCCGCAGCGGCCAGUGGUCCCCCGUCAACACCGCCCGCCGGGUCCGGCUCGCGAGCAGAGGGCGGGUGAGCCGUGGGCCCCACCCCAGCCGCUAUGCCCGCCGAGGACCUACCUGCAGGGGCGAGCGGAGCUCCCGGACGGGCCCGAGGGCGGGCGCCGAGGCGGCCGGGGCCCGGAUCUCUGGCGGGGCAGCGCGAGGAGAGGCGCCGGGGGAGCUGCUGCCGACCAGCGCGGCCCUUCGCGGGGGUCGCGGGGACCUGGCUUGCCCCUCAGCACCAGGCCGCCGCCGCCGCCAUCUUGCCUUCCGCUCCGUGUCGCCGCCGCAGCGCUCGGCCGCGGGGUUCCCGGAUGUGGGCAUUUCCCGGCGUCGCUUGCGCGGGGGCCGCGAAGCCAACACCCGCCGCUCUCGGCAGCAUCGCGCUGGGAUUUCUGGAGGCUUUAAAAUGAUCUGCGAUGCCGGCUUAACAUUUCCCCCCUCAAACAAGCUUAAAGCACUGGUCUAUUUUCUAAAUAAGCCAAAUAAGAGCGGCAUGCGACCAAGACGGAUUAAUACAUCUUUGCGCACUUUCUGCCAAGAAAAGCAUUGCCAUCAUCUCCUUGCCGCCAUCGUGAUCAUCUACCAGGAUCUCAUCAGCCACAAUGAGAUGUUCUCCAACAUCUACAAAAUCUGGGAGAUCGUGGACGGACUGUGCCUGGAGCUGAAGGGGAAGAUGGUCAGUAGGACAGAGGGCAACAUUGAUGACUCACUUAUUGGUGGGAACACGUCUGCUGAAGGCACUGAUUGUGAAGGAACCGAAAGCACAGUUAUCACUGGUGUUGACAUCGUCAUGAACCAUCACUUGCAGGAAACCAGCUUCACAAAAUAA